AUGUCCGACCCAAGCCCAGCUAACGAUGCUCCCAAGUCGGCGAGCAAGAUUGUUUUACACCACUUGAACAACUCUCGUUCCCAGCGGAUUCUAUGGUUACUCGAGGAGCUGGAAGUCCCGUACGAAAUCAAGAAAUACCAGCGCACGUCGGAGAUGCUCGCCCCCAAAGAACUGAAGGAUGUCCACGUGCUCGGGAAGGCUCCUGUUAUAACCGAUGGAGACCUUACAAUCGCGGAGAGCGGUGCCAUUGUCGAAUAUCUCAUAACAAGAUAUGGUGGCGAGAAAUUUAAGCCGACAGAAGCGGGCUGGGUAGAUAAUUUGUACUUCACCCAUUAUGCCGAGGGUUCAAUCAUGCCACUCCUCGUAAUCAAACUUGUCUUCACCAUAAUUCCUCAGCGUACACCAUUUUUCAUCCGCCCAGUGGCAAGUUUGAUCUGUAACACUCUUCUUAAGAAGAUGGUCGAUCCUCAGCUGCUGCAAAACAGGACGUUUAUUGAAGAACAUCUUGCGAAGUGUCCUUCAGGCUGGUUCGCUAGCGGGCCAAAUCCAACUGCUGCGGACUUUAUGAUGAUUUUCCCGCUGGAGGCAAUGGAUACGCGUAUUCCAGACUCUGGAAACAGCACUGCCAUUCACGACUACGUCAAAAUGGUUCACGAAAGGUUAGCUUAUAAGCGCGCAGCUGAAAAGGGCGGAGAGUUUCAAAUUCUCUAAUUCACGUCUUGAUACAAGGCCGAAGUUAUAGGUUUAUUAUUCUGCAUGCGAAACGAGUUUUAGCUGUAUUCACUCUCGGUUUUGUGGUAUUGUUCC